AUGGACUCGGUCGCCGACUCGGACACCGAGAACUCGCUUCCCAUGUUGCUGGCUACAGCCAUCGAUACAGGCCUGCUACGGCGGGUCUUUGGCUUUUUGUCGGAGGAAACAAAGCACAGAUUGAGAAGUGAAGCUGAUGGCACUCCUUUUGAAGGCGUCUACGACACGUACGACAUCCCGCUGCUGCCUGAAAGAAUCGUUAUUCAAAGCUCCUCGCCCAUGAAGGAGCAGCUGUUGAUGGAAAUCAACCCGUUGGAAACGGUCCAGGAGGCUAUUGAACCAGAAACUCCAGUUAGAGCUGGAAGGUCCCUACGAAAACGUACUUUUGCCAGUCGCCACCCGUACAUCGCCGACCAGGCAGACUACUUGGGCAUUUGCACCGUCGACAGCAUCAACGAGAUGUUCUCAGAUAACGACAAUUUGACCGUGGUGGCUCGAGCACUCAACCAGUUGUAUCUCAAACGCAAGAAGCGGUAUCCAGACGAGGAACGGUACAAGGCUCGCAACUUCUACGCACAUUUGGGCAAGUCCAAGGCUAUGGCAUUGGCAGGCGAUCCCGAUGCGGAAACGAUGGAUCUUCAAGACGACCCUCUGUCGCUGCAGCUCAACUACGAACCAGAUAACGCAUCCGACGAGGAGGACCAGGAGAUGAUUCCAUACGAAGGCGUCGAGCAUAGGCCUCCGCCGAAAGUCUACGAUCUGGCCAGCGACAGCGAAAACGACAUCGGUGGGUCAUAUAAACGAAGACUAGAUGAGCCAAGGGAGAGGGUCUACAAACUGAAGAGGAAGAUGCGCCGCCAAGAGCAGCCCAGAAAGGGUCUAGCCGUGAGGAAAAUGGGAUCAUCCGGAGUCAAUCGCUCGCUCGAGCUUGAGCUCGGUCAGUUUGUUGACUCUCGUGAGACCUAUGAAGAAUACACCCCGAACUACCAGUCGUUCUUCCAGCCUCAGAUUACGUCAUUCAGGCUGGACCUUUCUGAGCUAGUACGUUCGGAGAGCUCAUCUGACUACGACAGUGACUCUGAAAACGAGCUCUUCUCUGACAACGCAGACACCACCAAGAGCUCAGAUUUGAUUGAACCUCCACAAACCUAUCUCGACGACUUCGACCUUGGUGGCGGUGCCCAGGAGGCAGACCACAUCAACCACCUAUUUGCAUCGGGAAGAAAGAGUAGAUCCCGCAAACACAAAACUCAAUCGCGUCAUUCAGUUCUGACACCUAGGGUCAAGGCAUCAUCCAGCACGACUCCGCACCAGCCUUCCUACUCUAGAGGCCCACGCUCUAAGACGAGCACACAUCGAAGUUCAACCAGCAGUUAUGGAAGGCUCAACACACGCAAGUUCAGCAAACCGCCACAGCAAAGAAAGCCACUCCAGCACAGCAAUAGGGCAAACUCACCAAGACCAACAAAGCUGUAUCAUAGACCUGAGCUGACCAACAGAGCAAAGCAAAAGCAGAGCGUGUUGAGUGUCGAUGUCGACUCCGACUCAGAUAAGGAGAACCCUAAAAAGAAUUCCAAACCAACUGCACGCUCAAAGAGUCGUCCUCUCAGAACUAAACACUUCCUUGCCACGACAGCAUUUGAGGUCGAGAGCUUGACUAAAUUCGUCAAACAGCAUACUAGCGGCUUCGCCGUUCCAUCAGCAUAUUUCAACCCUUCAAAAUCCUCACUCUUUUCAGAUAAUUUAUUUGCAUCCACGGAUUCCAUUUUAGCAUACAAUGAUUUGCAGCGCAUUCAUACUAUCGGAGAUGGUUUCAUAUUUUUCCCUCAUAAUGAUACAGUGUCAUUCACUUUACUUGGCAAACAAUAUGUGUUUGGUCUAUUCCAGCAAGAGUCCAGUUCUCAAAACAUCACCCGUCUUUUGACCCAUUUGCGAAAGCUCGUGAGCUCAGUAAAAGCUCAACUAAAUCCUUCCAUUCGAACAGAAGUGAAGGAUGCUACUCGGGCUUUGAUCAAAUGGCUUCUCAUAUAUCGACUUCCGAUUCCAAAAGCCGCGUGGGAGUUGAUCGACGAGCUACUCAACGACUUCACGAAACUUCAGACCAAAGAGAUAAGAAAGCACCAGACCUUCUUCUACGCUCAUAUCCUUCUUGUUUACUAUAUCGCGUAUCAGUUAGAGAGAACUAAUGGUGAAGGGGACUAUCGGUCGCUUUUCUCAGAAUUCGAAAAAUAUUGCAUCGAUUUCUGGUCAAUUAUAUUCAAAACUUACGACUCCACUGAUAUUUCCUUGACCUUCAAAAGCGAGACGCCAACAGAAUUAUCAGAGUCACUUUGCAUGAUGUAUUUUCUUUUUGGAAACAAGAAAGACAUUUGGUGGCCAACAGUUUCUGAGGCCUUACAAGACUUAGAUCCGCUUAUGGACUCAAGUUUUGAGUCGAUGAAUAUCGUUUACGCUUUGGCCUCAAUGUGCCCCUCUAACAAGUUCAACUGGACUCCAUUUAUCACCAUCCUUAAUAACUCCCAAGGCUCUUCUCACGCUGAAGAUCAUCAUGACUUUAUUGACAUUUGUGAGCUAGUCCACAACAAUCUCGAAUGGCCGUUGGAAGAAAAGUUGAUUCUCACUUUGUACCUGUCCUUUGCAAAAAGGAAAUUCACCAAUUUCGAGAACGAGACCUCAGUUCCCACCUCUAUCGGGGUGAUUUUGUCAAAACAUGAUAUUCCACAGGAUACGGUGUUUGAAAGGUUUUUGGGCUUCGUAUACACAUACAUCUCUGACCUUUGUGAAAGAAAAGAAGUGAAAAGGCUUAUCACAAAACUCGUUGCUUCAAGUCAGUACCACUACCAAAAAGGACGCAAGUAUCAGAUCAUGUUCAUCAAUAGACUCAACUUGAUCUUGCUUUUAUUUCAAAUCUCAGAUGUCGACCUUCGCAGUCCAUUUUCCAGUCUCAUUGACCAAAUCAUUGAAUUCAAAGAUAUGUUCAUCUACUCAAGAGCCGUUGAUGCAUUUGAUACAUUUGCUCAAGUAUCAGAGAGGAAGAAAGUUGGCCUUCCGGUCACUGCUUUCCAGGCAAUGUUGAACUCUUUCAGCGCCUCGUAUGAUAGACUUCAGGGUAUGCCAUCGCUUCUCACCAGGCUCAUUGAUUGUGGCCUUCGCGUGAUCGAUAUAUCCAAGACUCCACAGUCUUUGGCGUUUUUGAGAGCCAUCGAGAUCAGUGUCAUUCCCGACAGGUUACGGGGUCGAGUGUUGGAUCAAAUGCUCUCAUUUGCCGAGCUCUUGAGAGUCCACAAGGAGCAGGCUUCGGCUUCAUCAGAUCUGAUUGACUCGCUAAUCAGAACUGUAACCUCAUUCUUGAGUGCUCAAAUGAAUCGCUUACCAGUAGCAGAUUUGAGGCAGGAUGAGAUAUUGGAGAAUGUCAUUGAGAAAUCUAUCCAGAUUUGGAUCCAAUUUGCUCAUGCCAACAGCUCACAGAAUUGGAACUUCAUGAUGCUUCAGAAGUUCUCGUAUCUCGGCAACAAGCUGCUGCCCGCCCAACCUAUGGUGCUGGUACACGGACAGAAGUAUCAGAUUCUUUCGAGUUUCAUCAACCGUAUCGCCAAUUCGAAUUCAUUGGUGGUAGCAGAAAAGGCCUUGUUGAUAACAGAGAUGGUCAAAGAGAUAGAGUAUGAGUUCAACGCUCACUAUGAUAAUUUACAAAUCAUAGAGUUCCUUCGUCGCAUUAUCAGUUUGAUCAGUGGAAAUUGUCUCACUCUUGUUGAAGACAUUGAAGAAUUCUGGAGCGUUUCAGAAAAGUUAGGUUUCCCCAGCAAGAGAUUGCAGUCGACAUGGGCACAGGCAAGUAAUGACGAGCGCAUUCUGUUACUCAAUGUUGAGUUCACCAAUGCACUUAAGUUUGAGAAGGACUACGCCGAGGCUCUCGGCAAGUGGGUAAGCCAAACUAACUCUCAACUUCUUUUCUCGGUUUUCGAGAUUUAUGUUGAGGCUGCUUCAAAGCAUGAUAUGUACUGGGCUCAAGUCUCGUUCCUCAUCAAAUUCAUUCAUUUCCGACUUCACAAUUGCAUGCUUGAUGUUGUGGAUAGGCUGUUCAAGAAAUUGCUACAAAUCGUUGCCAAUGUUCCAAGCGUCGCCGCAAUAGAGACAGACAGUAACUACGUCAUGUAUCAGAUUGAGACCGUGUCCAUUUGCGCCGACAUCAUGUUUGCCGGGGUUUACAUCUAUGAUGGUUAUGACGAACUUAAUGAACACCUCGAGAGUAUCCGACAAUUCGAGGAACGCUUACAUCAGCACGGGACCUACAACAGAAUAUUGAGUGAUCUCAGUCUUAAUCAGUUGAAGACUGGAGACACAGGCCCGUACUUACCACCGUACGAACAUACCCAUGCAGAUUACGAAAACGCAUUAGGACCUUUGAAUACUACUUUGAAAAAGCUCAAAGAGGUCUACGAAAAAAAGACGGCAGGUCUGGAGGUGACGGUCGUACCGGAGCCUUUUGACAUCACAUUUUAG